CACCGCCGAGGUGAUUGACGAGCACACCAUUUCCAUCACGCAUUGCUACCAAGCUUUAAUAAUUUUACAUACAGCGCGCCGCUACAACUCGGAACUGAUAGUUUCAUACCUGCAGCGCAUAGCUUCAUCUCUAGAUCUUUUGUUCACAUUGCACGUCGUCUUUCUACAUUAUGGCCCACAACGUCCUCCUCAUCGGUGGCCACGGCAAGAUCGCCCAGCUCCUGACGCCUCUUCUACUUGCACGGUCAUGGAAUGUUACGAGCAUGAUCCGUUCAGCAGACCAGACAGCUGCUAUUGAGAAGCUUGGUCAAGGUCAGCCGGGCAAGCUCAGCGUCCUAGUUAGCAGCGUCGAAGACGUGCAGACAGAGAGCGACGCUCAGAAAAUAUUGGACCAGGUGAAACCCGACUGGGUUGUCUGGAGUGCUGGUGCUGGCGGCCGAGGUGGCCCCUCUCGAACCAAGGCCGUGGACCAGGACGCCGCUGUUGCGUUCACCAAAGCCAGCAUUCACGCUCCCAGCAUCAAGAAGUUCCUUACUGUGUCCUACAUAGCAUCCCGCCGCAACCGCGCCCCUUGGUGGACGGAUGCGGAUUGGGAAGCAGCGCAAAAAGUGAACAAUGAGAUCUUGCCGCAUUAUUACAAGGCCAAGGUCGCUGCCGACGAAGUCUUGACGGUGCUUGCGAAAGAGCGAUUCGACGCAGAAGCGAAAAAGGGCGUGCCCGAGAAUGAGCGCUUUGCUGGAAUUAGUUUGAGACCAGGAACUUUGACUGAUAAGCCGGCUGGUGGCGUCACCGUCGGAAGAAUACCCUCUCGUGGUGACACUAGCCGCGCUACGGUCGCAGAGACGGUGGUCGCUGUCUUAGAUACGGAGGGUGCAAAGGGAUAUAUCGACGUUCUUGAUGGCGACGAAGACACUGUUGGGGCAAUCAAGCGACUUGUCAAGGAGGGCAUCGAUAACGUGGAGGGCGAGGAUUUUGAGGAUCAGAAGAAGAGAGCUUCCCAGCUAUGAUGACGCGAAGUCCCUGUUAAAGCAGUCUUAAACGUCGUCGCAGGCAUAAAAUGUAACACGGGAUCAACUCUAUCAUUGAUACAGCUAUGACCCACAAAAUGAUAACUGGAUCACUGAAAGGGCUUCACGUAGUGGUAAAUGAAAGGCUUGUUCGACCCUCUGAUACUCAUCAA